AUGCCUCCACGGAUAGCACGCAGCUCCGUGCAAGGCAGUGCGCCUGCCAAAUCUUCCAAGAAGCCGAACGCGCGAAACCCCAAAAAGGCGGCAAAGCGCGCCCUGGACGCCUUUGCUAUCGCCCAGUACGAAAACCCCGAGAAAGUCAAGAUUCGCAAGAAUCGUCUUGGUGAGGCGGAUCCGGCGUUUAACCGGAAGCGUGGGCGCGACGGCGACGAGGAUGAGGAUGACGAGGGGGACGAGGACGAGGAAGAUGGCCCAAAACGGCGGAAACGAAGGAGUGGGAAUGACAGCUUUGAUGAGGGAAGCGACUCUGAAGGGAAUACGUGGCAAAUGGGUCAUGUAGAGGAUGAUGACGACGAAGACAUUGAUUCCGACGAGGCGUUUGGUGAGAGCGAUGAAGAGCGGUUUGAGGGGUACACGUUCCGUGGGAGUUCGACCAUGAAAAAGGGACGGGAGGGCAAGGGGAAGAGGGAGAUGGAGUUGGGUAGUGAUGUUGAUAUGGAGGAGGAAGAUAGCGCGGAUGAUGAAGAGGAAGAUGAAGAUGAUUUAGGGGAGGAUGCUAUUGAUCUUGCGACGGCGUUGGAUCAGUACGAGGAAGAUGAGCGAGAGGAGAAGAGGGAAAGAGAGAAGAAGAGGAAAAAGAAUUCGAUGUUUGGUGAUGGUGACAGCGAUGACUCGCCAAGUGAAGGCGAGGAUAUCGGUGCAGAUGGGGCGGACGAUCUGACAUCUGAUGAUGAUGAUGACGAGGAGGACGAUGAGGAAAGGCAGGCACAGCUCAACGACCUCAUCUCGUCCUUGGCAGCACAAGAGGAAAGCAAAUCAAAGGGUCGAUCAGCCGAAGUCCACGAGUCUGCUGUCCCCGAUGAAUUUGGCGUCUCGCGCAAGGUCGAUCUUCUCAGCCUCAAGCCUAAGGUCGCUGAUGAAGAAAAGAAACGCGCCUUCAAGCUGCUUGCUGACGACAAGUCAUCGAAACGAAAUGAUAUUGCUAGAAAGUUGGAUGCACCGCUACCAAAGCGACAACAAGAUAAGCUUAAUAGGGCUGCUGCCAAUGCCAAAGCCAACGAGACUCUCGAACGCUGGACAGACACCAUCAAAUCGAAUCGCCGCGCCGAGCAUCUCAUCUUCCCGCUGCAGCACAAAGACCAAGGCGAGGCCAUGGGCGAAAGAACUCUGAUACCGACCACGACUUCCGCCCCGGCCAAUGACCUUGAAAGUACCAUCCAGUCCAUCCUCCAAGAGAGCGGACUGUCCAAUGGCAAGGAGGACGAAGAGGCCAUCCAGAGGUGGGAAGAACUACAGACCAACAAGCUGCCCAUCGAAGAGGUUAUGAAGCGACGUGCUCAACUGCGGAUGGAGCGCGAGCUCCUCUUCCGGGAAGAAGUACGUGCAAAACGUAUCAAAAAGAUCAAGAGUAAAUCCUACCGUCGCGUGCACCGCAAGGAGCGAGAAAAGCUACUCGAGAAGGAACGACAGGGUCUCAAGGAUGACGGUGUCGAUAUUUCUGAAGAAGAGCGCGAAUACAACGAUCGUCGAAGAGCUGAAGAGCGCAUGGGCGCCAAACAUCGCGAAAGCAAGUGGGCCAAAGGCAUCAAGGCUACUGGCCGAGCGGGCUGGGAUCAAGAUGCCCUCGAUGGUGUUACGGAGAUGGCUAGGCGCAACGAGGAGCUCCGCCGUCGUGUUGAAGGCAAGACGGUUCGAGACGAAGACGAUGAGGGCUCAGAUGUUCCGAGUGCAUACGACUCCUCGGAUGAUGAUGAAGACCUCUCUGACGCUGAAGCUCUGAAAAAGUCGCUCAGCAAGAUCAAGCAGAAUCCCUUCUCGACUGACAAGUCGAAGCUGGGGCAAAUGGCGUUUAUGCAGAAAGCAGAGGCUUCGAAGCGUGCCCAGAAUGACGAGGCGGAGGAAGCUUUGCGACGCGAGCUCGCUGGUGAAGAAAGUCAGAGUGAAGAAGACGAGAAUGCUGCGCGUGCCGGACGUCGCAAGUAUGGUCCUGGUGGUCAGGCUACUGCCCCUGCCAUCCAAAUCACUCGUGGCGAGUUUGAAGAGCACGAGUCUGGGGAUGAAGAGGCGGCCACCACGAGGGCGAGGGAGGAGCAAGGAGAUGAUGGUCACGCUUCGGAGGGUGCUACGCGAAACGCCAAGGCUGCUACAGGUGGUCUUUCCAAUGGCACUCGCAAAACACAGAAGGCCUCGGCGCCAUCGACUGCGAGUAAGGAGACAGGAGACGUCAAUCCAUUUUUGUCAGUGAUGAAGAAAGAGAAGAAACCUCAGAAAGGGUCGGAUCAAUCAUCUGCCGUACAAGGGGAUUCACAACCUUCUACUGCAAAGCCGGCCAAGGCUCAGCUAAAGUCCAAGGCGAAAGCCAAAUCUCAAGCAAAGCCCAAAUCAAGCAAGUCUGCGCAAGAAACCACAGUCGACGAGUUCCUUCAACAGCGCGUCACUGCCGCCGACGACGACGGCUGGGCGACCAUUGUAGGAGGGCAAGAGGACGAAGAAGACCAAGAUAUGGACGAUGCUGACCUUGAUCUCGAAAGCCUCUACCGCAAUCAAGCCCUCACCAGCAAGGGUUUCGCAGGCGACAACGUCGCUGCCGACUUUGCCCAAGAAAAACGCGCCACCAUCGCCGAAGAAGCCUCGACCGAAACAGCCACCCAUCUCCCCGGCUGGGGUUCCUGGACUGGCGAUGCCCUGACGCCGACCCAAAAGAGGCGCAACCUGGGCGCCCUCACCAUCACGAAGACCGACGGCAUCGACGCCGCCAAACGCAAAGAUCGGAAGUUAGACAGAGUCAUUAUCAACGAGAAGCGUGUGAAACCCAAUGUGGCGUAUAUGGCUACGCAGCUGCCCUUUCCGUUUGAGACGAAGGAACAGUAUGAGCGUAGUCUGAGACUGCCCAAGGGGAGGGAGUGGACUAGUAAGCGCGCGCACCAGGAGAGCACGAGGCCGAGGGUUGUGGUUAAGCAGGGGGUUGUGGCACCCAUGAGGAAACCGUUGGUUUAA